AUGAUUCGUGCUCGUGCUCGUCCUCGACAAGAUCCAAAAAGUUCAAGUUUUUCUUCAACAUGUACAUCAGCAAGCAGUAAUCCUCAAUGGAGUGAUGCAUCAUCUUCGUCACCUAUUAAUCAUAAUUUAUUAUCUCCACAACGACCAACAUUAAGAUUUACUCGACGUUUUAUACUUCCUAUAGUUCCGGCAGCCCGUCUACCUAUAUCUCCAACAUCACCUCGAGCUGCACUUCGAGAUCUUUGUUCACCUCGACAGGAACCACGUCCACCUGCUGAUGUCCUAAAUCGAUCAUAUCUUGAUUCAUGUUCACCAUCUUUAGCUAAGUUUAGUCGUACGAUGAUUAGUCAACAUGCAUCAGCAUCAUCAAACACAACAGUAUUACCACCAUCAACAAUUUGUGCAAGGAAUUUUCUUCAUCCAACAAUACCUUAUCUUACCGUUAAUGCUCGUGGACUAAAUCCUCAUCACCAUCAUUAUCGACAUACACGGUAA